AUGAUUCCUCACGGAGCAUUUGAAGAAGCUGAAUUGGAGAUAUCAUUGGCUCCCAGUGCCAACCGUAGAACUCAGAAUAAAAAGCCCGACUCUACCAGCUCUCGCCGCUCCCAAAAUGGCCCGGUUAAUCAGCCGCCGCAACCCCUCCCUCAGAAGAAGGCAGAGCAGAGAAUUGGUGCCUAUCAAAUUAUUCGUACGCUGGGUGAAGGCUCUUUCGGGAAAGUCAAGUUAGCAACUCAUCGAGUCACAAAUCAGCAGGUUGCCCUCAAGAUUAUUGCUAGAAAGAAACUCAUCAGUCGAGAUAUGGCUGGAAGGGUUGAACGAGAGAUUGAGUAUCUACAAUUGCUUCGACAUCCACAUAUCAUUAAACUAUAUACUGUGAUAAAAACCCCCCUAGAAAUAAUUAUGGUUCUUGAAUAUGCCGGAGACGAAUUAUUUGAUUAUAUUGUUCAGCAUGGAAAGAUGAAAGAGGAUGAAGCGCGGCGAUUUUUCCAGCAAAUCAUAUGUGCUGUCGAAUACUGCCAUCGACAUAAAAUUGUGCACCGGGACUUGAAGCCAGAAAAUUUACUGUUGGAUGAAAACCUGAACGUCAAAAUCGCAGAUUUCGGGCUAAGCAACAUCAUGACUGAUGGAAACUUUUUGAAGACUAGCUGCGGUAGCCCCAACUACGCAGCCCCAGAAGUGAUCAAUGGUAAACUCUAUGCUGGCCCGGAGGUCGAUGUAUGGAGCUGUGGUGUUAUUUUGUAUGUCUUACUGGUAGGAAGACUACCCUUUGAUGAUGAGCAUAUACCCUCGCUUUUUGCAAAGAUUGCCAAGGGACAUUAUGCGGUUCCUAAUUACAUGAGUUCUGGAGCUGCCGCAUUGAUCAAAAAAAUGCUUGCGGUCAACCCUGUUCAUCGUGCUACAAUAGAAGAAAUUCGACUAGACCCGUGGUUCCUUAAAAACCUGGCAUCAUAUCUAGCUCCUCCAGUCGAGGAGUUUAUCGAUACUGGUGUCGAUCCAAGUCGAGCAAUCACUGCAAAGCUUCUUGCUCCGCAUGCAAGCCCUGCAGUGCAGGAAAAGCUACACGAUCAAGUGACGGAGAAGAUUAGCAAGACUAUGGGAUAUGGGAUAAAAGAUGUACAAGAAGCUCUAGCUGCAGAAGAACCAUCCGCGAUAAAAGACGCCUACUUGAUUGUGAGAGAAAAUAAAUUAAUGCAAGCAAAUCCAAAUAUUUCUUCAGAUGAUAAAGGUAAAAUGUUAUUUCAACCCCUUUCACCGCAGACUUGGAACUCUGAUAUUAAAACUGAAAAUACUGCAACUGCAGAAAGAGUUGCACCGCCUGUUCGCCCAACAUCAUUGCAUGAUCAAAUGUCUCCCCGCUCGAUGAGCUCCACAGGAACAAGCCUUUUAACGUCUGUUCGACCGUAUGUUAGCAAAAUUGGUAUCCUGCCAAGUAGUCUACCAAAUUACCAUCUAGACUACAUGGAAGCUCGAAGAACAGGUAAAAAUGUUGGAAAUCCCCUCUCUAACGCAUAUGCCGAAAUCGAGAAUGGUUCUCAUCAGACAGAUGCUGAGAAAAUAGAAACCGCACGCAGGCUAAAUCCCCACUCAAGGAAUCAAAUCAAAUUAGACGAAGCCAGUAAGAGACCUGCAGGAUUGACACCGGUUCCCCCGAAAAAGCCAAGGCCUAACAAAUGGCAAUUUGGUAUCAGGUCUAGAAAUCAGCCUUUAGAGGCUACUGGUUGUAUCUAUCGUGCUCUUCAGAAACUUGGUGCUGAGUGGGUCAUUGAUGAAGGUGGAAUAUCCUCUGUGCGAGAUCCGCAAGAUAAUAGACCGAAUAAAGAUAAAUAUGCUACCGAUACCCAAGAAAGUCCAAGCUCAUUUCAAUCCAGUUCAUCUAGUGGUCAGGGCGAAUCCACGAGUAUGCGUUUCAAUACCUCCGAUCCUAGUGCACACUAUCGCCUUCCAACUGAUCCAUGGGUACUUCACGUACGCUGGAAAACAAGUGGCAUGAGACAUCCUGGCAUUUCAACCCAUUCCUCCACAGCUGAUCUCGGUCACCGAUCCACCCUAUCGUUUCAGGGUGUAACAACAAAAAGCGGAUCUGACGGUGAUGUAGUGAUGCAUUUGGAUAUCCAACUGUAUGAAAUGGAACCAGGUGUCUAUCUUGUUGACUUCAAGUGUGCAGGAUAUGAAACGGAAGAUGGCAUGCUUCACGAGGAGAAGGAUGUUACGAGUCCCUUUCCCUUCUUGGAUCUAGCUUCGAAGCUGAUCAUUCAGCUAGCUGAAGCUGAUUAG